AUGGCGCUGCGCAAUCCCUUCUUAAUACCCGGGCGCAUAAGCUCAAGCUAUCCAUGUGCCAACAUCAGACCCGCGGCGCGGAGUCUUCUAGCAUGCAAUUGGAAUCAGAGGUCUGGCCUGGCGACGUCGGUGUCGCCGGCGAAGGGCUCCAAAGGCCCGACGGCCAUGGUCUUUCUCAACAUGGGCGGCCCGUCAACGACCGACGAUGUUGAGGACUUCUUGAGCCGAUUAUUUGCCGAUGGCGACUUGAUACCGCUUGGACGUCUUCAGAAAUACCUUGGCCCUCUCAUCGCUCGCCGCCGAACCCCAAUGAUCCAAAAACAAUACGCAGACAUCGGAGGCGGGUCCCCGAUUCGCAAGUGGUCGGAAUACCAAUGCGCGGAGAUGUGCAAGAUUUUGGAUGAGAUUUCCCCCGAGACGGCGCCGCAUAAGCCAUACGUCGCGUUCAGAUACGCAGCACCGCUGACGGAGGAGAUGUACGCGAAACUGCUGGAGGACGGGUUUGGCAGAGGCCGGGGCGGUCGCGCGGUUGCAUUCACGCAGUAUCCUCAAUACUCCUGUUCCACGACGGGGAGCUCUCUCAAUGAGCUGUGGAAAUGGAGGAACCGCCUCGAGGGCCGGCGCGCCAACGAAGACGAGGAGGGCACGAUCCAGUGGAGCGUGAUCGACCGGUGGCCGACGCAUCCGGGCCUGGUCGAGGCGUUUGCGAAGAACAUCGAGGACCAGCUGGCGACGUACCCCGAAGAGCGGAGGAAUUCAGUCGUGCUGCUGUUCUCCGCCCACAGCUUGCCCAUGAGCGUUGUCAAUCGAGGCGACCCGUAUCCGGCCGAGGUUGCUGCGACGGUGCACGCCGUCAUGCAGCGUCUCGGGUUUUCCAACCCCUACCGGCUCUGCUGGCAGUCCCAGGUGGGACCAUCCGCCUGGCUGGGAGCUCAGACGAACGAUACGGUGCAAGAGUACGUCAAACGGGGGCAGACGGACAUAAUCCUCGUCCCCAUUGCUUUUACCAGCGACCACAUCGAGACGCUCUACGAACUCGACCUGGAAGUCAUCAAGGAGGCCAACCAUCCCGGGGUCAAGAGGGCCGAGAGUCUGAAUGGGAGCCCGAUCUUCAUCCGAGCCCUCGCAGAGAUUGCCCGCGACCACUUGCAGAGCGGAGAGAAGUGCUCGCGGCAGAUGACGCUGCGGUGCCAGGGGUGCCGCAGCGAACGGUGUUUGGAGCAGAAGAAGUUCUUUGGAGGAGAGCAGCUGGCCUCUCUGGUGCGGUAG